AAAAAGAAAAGAAAGCAAAAAAAAAAACGAAAUGUCUGAAGAAGUCGAUCGCAAUGAUCCCGAGUUGAAAUAUCUCUCGGUGGAACGCAAUCAAUUCAACGAUCCGGCCACACAGGCCGAAUGGACACAGAAGCGUCUAGUAUGGGUGCCUCAUGAGAAUCAGGGUUUCGUUGCCGCCAGUAUUAAGCGUGAACAUGGCGAUGAGGUCGAAGUGGAAUUGGCCGAAACCGGCAAACGUGUCAUGAUCCUACGCGAUGAUAUACAAAAAAUGAAUCCGCCAAAAUUCGACAAAGUCGAGGAUAUGGCCGAGCUGACAUGUCUCAAUGAGGCCUCUGUAUUGCACAACAUCAAAGACAGAUAUUACUCUGGCUUGAUCUAUACAUAUUCCGGUCUUUUCUGCGUUGUGGUUAAUCCCUAUAAGAAAUUGCCAAUCUAUACUGAAAAGAUUAUGGAACGGUAUAAGGGUAUAAAGCGACACGAAGUGCCUCCGCAUGUAUUUGCAAUAACGGAUAGUGCCUAUAGAAACAUGUUGGGUGAUCGCGAAGACCAAUCGAUUUUGUGUACUGGCGAAUCGGGUGCUGGCAAAACCGAAAAUACCAAGAAGGUUAUACAGUUUUUGGCCUAUGUGGCAGCCUCCAAGCCCAAGGGUUCGGGUGCGGUGCCGCAUCCUGCCGUGCUCAUUGGUGAACUGGAGCAACAACUUUUGCAAGCCAAUCCCAUAUUGGAAGCAUUUGGUAAUGCCAAAACUGUAAAGAACGACAACUCAUCGCGUUUUGGUAAAUUCAUACGCAUCAAUUUUGAUGCUUCGGGCUUUAUAUCCGGUGCCAAUAUCGAGACAUAUUUGCUGGAGAAAUCGCGUGCCAUUCGUCAAGCCAAGGAUGAACGUACAUUCCAUAUUUUCUAUCAAUUGCUGGCGGGUGCCUCACCCGAACAGCGUGAGAAAUUCAUUUUGGAUGACAUCAAAUCGUAUGCAUUCCUCUCAAAUGGCAGUCUUCCGGUGCCCGGUGUGGAUGAUUAUGCUGAAUUCCAGGCGACGGUUAAAUCGAUGAACAUUAUGGGCAUGACAUCGGAGGAUUUCAAUUCGAUAUUCCGUAUUGUUAGUGCCGUAUUGUUAUUUGGUAGCAUGAAAUUCCGUCAGGAGCGUAACAAUGAUCAGGCCACAUUGCCCGAUAAUACGGUAGCCCAGAAGAUUGCUCAUCUAUUGGGUCUGAGUGUUACAGAUAUGACGCGUGCCUUCCUAACGCCACGCAUUAAGGUUGGCCGUGAUUUUGUGACCAAGGCCCAGACCAAAGAGCAAGUGGAAUUCGCUGUCGAGGCCAUUGCCAAGGCAUGCUAUGAACGAAUGUUCAAAUGGCUGGUGAAUCGUAUCAAUCGUUCGUUGGAUCGCACCAAGCGGCAGGGUGCCUCAUUCAUUGGCAUUCUCGAUAUGGCUGGUUUUGAGAUAUUCGAACUGAAUAGUUUCGAACAGCUGUGCAUCAAUUAUACGAAUGAGAAGCUGCAACAGCUCUUCAAUCACACCAUGUUCAUUCUGGAGCAGGAGGAAUAUCAACGCGAGGGCAUUGAAUGGAAAUUCAUUGAUUUCGGUCUCGAUUUGCAGCCAACAAUCGAUUUGAUUGAUAAGCCAGGCGGCAUAAUGGCUCUGCUCGAUGAGGAAUGUUGGUUCCCCAAGGCAACGGAUAAGACAUUUGUCGAUAAAUUGGUAUCGGCCCAUUCGAUGCAUCCGAAAUUUAUGAAAACCGAUUUCCGAGGUGUGGCCGAUUUUGCGAUUGUCCAUUAUGCUGGACGUGUGGAUUAUUCGGCAGCCAAGUGGCUAAUGAAGAAUAUGGAUCCGUUGAAUGAGAAUAUUGUGUCCUUGUUGCAGGCAUCACAGGAUCCGUUUGUCGUGAACAUCUGGAAGGAUGCGGAAAUUGUGGGCAUGGCACAGCAGGCCCUGACCGACACACAGUUCGGGGCGCGCACCCGCAAGGGCAUGUUCCGCACUGUGUCCCAUCUGUAUAAGGAGCAAUUGGCCAAACUGAUGGACACACUGCGCAACACGAAUCCGAACUUUGUGCGCUGUAUCAUACCCAAUCAUGAGAAGCGGGCGGGCAAAAUCGAUGCUCCCCUUGUGCUCGAUCAGUUGCGUUGCAAUGGUGUACUCGAGGGUAUACGCAUCUGUCGCCAAGGCUUCCCGAAUCGCAUACCCUUCCAGGAGUUCCGUCAGCGUUAUGAGCUGCUCACACCGAACGUUAUACCCAAGGGCUUUAUGGACGGCAAGAAGGCCUGCGAGAAGAUGAUUCAGGCUCUGGAAUUGGAUUCGAAUCUAUUCCGUGUUGGCCAGUCAAAAAUCUUUUUCCGAGCGGGCGUCUUGGCCCAUUUGGAGGAGGAGCGUGACUUUAAGAUCUCGGAUCUGAUUGUCAACUUCCAGGCCUUCUGUCGUGGAUUCCUUGCCCGUCGCAAUUAUCAGAAGAGAUUGCAGCAGCUAAAUGCCAUAAGGAUUAUUCAGCGUAAUUGCGCUGCCUACUUGAAGCUGCGCAAUUGGCAAUGGUGGCGUCUCUACACCAAGGUGAAACCAUUGCUGGAGGUCACCAAGCAGGAGGAGAAACUUGUCCAGAAGGAGGAUGAGCUGAAACAGGUGCGCGAAAAGUUGGAUACCUUGGCCAAGAAUGCUCAGGAAUAUGAGCGUAAAUAUCAGCAAGCUCUAUCCGAGAAGACAACGGUGGCCGAGCAGCUGCAAGCCGAGAUUGAACUCUGUGCCGAGGCCGAAGAGUCGCGUUCACGUUUAAUGGCCCGCAAACAGGAGCUGGAGGACAUGAUGCAGGAGCUAGAGACACGCAUCGAAGAGGAGGAGGAGCGUGUCUUGGCUCUGGGCGGUGAGAAAAAGAAAUUGGAAUUGCAUAUCCAAGAUCUGGAAGAGCAACUCGAGGAGGAGGAGGCAGCACGUCAGAAACUUCAACUCGAAAAGGUUCAAUUGGAUGCCAAGAUUAAGAAGCAUGAAGAGGACUUGGCCCUCACCGAUGAUCAGAACCAUAAGCUCAUCAAGGAGAAGAAAAUUCUCGAAGAACGUGCCAACGAUCUGUCCCAGACUCUUGCCGAGGAGGAGGAAAAAGCCAAACACUUGGCUAAACUAAAGGCCAAGCAUGAGGCCACCAUAGCCGAGUUGGAGGAAAGAAUGCACAAGGAUCAGCAACAGCGUCAGGAAUCCGAUCGCAAUAAGAGAAAAAUCGAAACCGAAGUGGCGGAUCUCAAGGAACAGCUCAAUGAACGACGCACCCAAGUGGAGGAGAUGCAAGCCCAAUUGGCGAAACGGGAAGAGGAACUCACCCAGACCCUAAUGCGCAUCGAUGAGGAAUCGGCCACCAAGGCCACGGCCCAAAAGGCUCAGCGUGAACUUGAAUCCCAAUUGGCUGAGAUUCAAGAGGAUCUCGAGGCCGAGAAAGCAGCCCGUGCCAAGGCCGAAAAGGUGCGACGUGAUCUCAGCGAAGAAUUGGAAGCACUUAAAAACGAAUUGCUUGAUUCUCUGGACACCACAGCAGCCCAACAAGAGUUACGCUCAAAGCGAGAACAAGAAUUGGCCACAUUGAAAAAAUCUCUGGAAGAGGAGACUGUCAAUCAUGAGGGCCUUCUCGCCGAGAUGAGACACAAGCAUUCCCAAGAAUUGAAUGGUAUCAAUGAUCAAUUGGAAAACCUGCGCAAAGCCAAGGCUGUUCUCGAGAAGGCCAAGGGCACUCUCGAAGCCGAGAAUGCCGAUUUGGCCACCGAAUUGCGUAGUGUGAACAGUUCGAGGCAAGAGAAUGAUCGUCGACGCAAACAGGCUGAAUCCCAGAUUGCUGAAUUACAAGUCAAAUUGGCCGAAAUUGAACGCGCCCGCUCCGAGUUGCAAGAAAAAUGCACGAAAUUGCAACAGGAGGCGGAGAAUAUAACAAAUCAACUGGAAGAGGCCGAACUAAAGGCCUCCGCUGCAGUGAAAUCAGCCAGCAAUAUGGAAUCCCAGCUAACGGAAGCCCAACAACUUCUCGAAGAGGAGACACGACAGAAAUUGGGUCUCAGCUCCAAGUUGCGUCAAAUCGAAUCCGAAAAGGAAGCCCUGCAGGAACAACUCGAAGAGGAUGAGGAGGCCAAACGGAACUUUGAAAGAAAAUUGGCCGAAGUGACGGCCCAAAUGCAAGAGAUUAAGAAAAAGGCCGAAGAGGAUGCUGAUUUGGCCAAGGAGCUGGAGGAGGGCAAGAAGCGACUUAACAAGGAUAUCGAGGCAUUGGAAAGGCAAGUCAAGGAGCUAAUAGCUCAAAAUGAUCGUCUCGAUAAGAGUAAAAAGAAGAUACAAUCCGAACUGGAAGAUGCCACCAUUGAGCUAGAGGCACAACGCACGAAGGUGCUCGAACUGGAGAAGAAGCAAAAGAAUUUCGAUAAAAUUCUCGCCGAAGAGAAAGCCAUAUCAGAACAGAUCGCCCAAGAGCGUGACACGGCGGAGCGUGAGGCUCGUGAAAAGGAGACCAAGGUGCUGUCCGUAUCCCGUGAAUUGGAUGAGGCCUACGACAAGAUUGAAGAUCUGGAAAAUAAACGCAAGCAAUUGCAAAACGAACUCGAUGAUCUGGCCAACACGCAGGGCACAGCCGAUAAGAAUGUCCAUGAACUGGAGAAGGCAAAACGCGCCCUGGAAUCUCAGCUUGCCGAGCUGAAAGCACAAAACGAGGAGCUCGAGGAUGAUCUGCAGCUAACCGAAGAUGCCAAAUUGCGUCUGGAGGUCAAUAUGCAGGCGCUGCGCUCUCAAUUCGAACGUGACCUGCUGGCCAAGGAGGAAGGUGCCGAGGAGAAGCGUCGCGGUUUGGUCAAGCAAUUGCGUGACUUGGAAGCCGAACUCGAUGAGGAACGAAAACAACGGACAGCGGCUGUAGCUGCCAAAAAGAAAUUGGAAGGCGAUCUGAAGGAGAUUGAGACCACCAUGGAAAUGCAUAAUAAGGUUAAGGAAGAUGCCCUCAAGCAUGCCAAGAAGCUGCAAGCACAAGUCAAGGAUGCUCUACGCGAUGCCGAAGAAGCCAAAGCGGCCAAAGAGGAAUUGCAGGCACAGAGCAAAGAAGCCGAACGUAAGGUCAAGGCCCUGGAGGCGGAAGUUAUGCAAUUGAGCGAAGAUCUAGCCAGUUCGGAGCGUGCCAGAAGAGCAGCCGAAACGGAACGUGAUGAACUGGCCGAAGAGAUUGCGAAUAAUGCCAACAAGGGAUCCCUAAUGAUUGAUGAGAAGCGUCGUCUGGAGGCCCGCAUAGCCACCCUCGAAGAGGAACUGGAAGAGGAGCAAUCCAAUUCGGAAGUCCUACUCGAUCGUAGUCGCAAAGCACAGCUACAGAUUGAGCAGUUCUCCACCGAAUUGGCCAACGAGAAAUCCAAUUCGCAGAAGAACGAGAAUGCAAGAGCCCUGCUGGAACGUCAAAAUAAGGAGCUGAAGGCCAAAUUGGCUGAAAUUGAGACAGCUCAAAGGACCAAGGUGAAGGCAACAAUUGCCACUCUCGAAGCCAAGAUUGCCAAUCUCGAGGAACAACUCGAGAAUGAGGGCAAGGAACGUCUGCUGCAACAGAAGGCCAAUCGCAAGAUGGACAAGAAAAUCAAGGAGCUGACCAUGAACAUUGAGGAUGAGCGCCGACAUGUCGACCAACACAAAGAGCAAAUGGAUAAGCUGAAUAGCCGAAUCAAACUGCUAAAGCGCAAUCUGGAUGAGACCGAGGAGGAACUGCAAAAGGAGAAGACACAGAAACGUAAAUACCAGCGUGAAUGUGAGGAUAUGAUUGAAUCGCAGGAGGCCAUGAACCGUGAGAUUAACUCACUGAAAACGAAAUUGCGACGCACCGGCGGCAUGGGCCUCAGCUCCAGCCGGCUCACGGGCACACCAUCUUCCAAGCGGGCCGGAGGCGGCGGCGGCGGGGACGACAGCUCAUCGGUGCAAGAUGAAUCAUUAGAUGGCGAGGAUUCCGGCAAUUGACGCGUUAAUUAUUAAAAAUCAAGAGAAAGCAAAACAAAAAAAAAAAAUAAACGACUAUAUUUAAUGUUUCUUUUAUAUAAUUUCUCUGUUAUUUUUUAUAUAAACUAUUAUACAUACUUAAAUUAAACAAAAAAAACAAAAAACAACAUGAACAUCCACAUUUUUAUAACGAUAAAAACAAAAAAAUGUUGUAAAACACAUCCACGCAAAAUUCCCAUAAACUUCAGAAUAAAACAAAAAAAUAAAAACAUAAUAUCCCUAAAAA